GCGGCGAUCAACAUUCGCGGAACGUCGAGUUAAUUUACUUCUCGGUGGUUCGCGGAACGGGCAUACUUAAACAAUGAUCGUGGCUCAGUUAAUCACUGACUUGGUCCGAUAAUUAUUCUCGAAUAAAUUAUGAUUACGGAUGCUGUGUAUAAAUGUACUGAGUGCAAAGGGUGAAUCCAGAUGUCGACCGAAGCCAAAUCAGAAAUAAAGAAGAAUUAAUAAAUCACCCAUUCUGAAACUAACGAGUGAAGAAUGCCGUACGGAAAGCUUCACGUUCUCCCGCUGAGCCUGUUCAUCCUGAUUCCAGUGACAUUUCUAAUUACGUACACUAUAUCCGUGCAGUGGGACCACGUGGUGCCAGGAUUCCCUUACAUAUCGGAAACAGGAACCUUAUCGCCGGAAUCGUGUAUAUUCGCACAGUUUCUUAACAUAGCCACGCUGCUCCUCGCCUGUUGCGUGUACAUUAGACAUCGGCAAGUUUCUCAAUGGCAAUUGGAAAGGGGCAGCGAUCUCGUCAGCAAGAAGAUCGUUGUUGUGACGGCCUGGUGCGGGGCUUUGGCCUGCUUCGGCCUAGACAUUCUGGCUAAUUUUCAAGAAGCUCGCGUCGUCGCUGCCCACAUGAUUGGUGCCAUGACCUGCUUCACUGCAGGAACUGUUUACUUUUGUCUUCAGACUUACUUAAGUCACAAAAUGGUACCAGCUGUGAAUGGUCCCGUUAUUGUCUACGUUCGUGCAGGCCUGUCAAUGUUAACAUUAAUUUUGACAGUAGCUACAAUCGUACCCGGCUAUAUCUCGAUGCUAGAGUUUCAAGGCAAUGAUUACAAGAAAUGGUUGCCAACAGAUGGUGGCUGGGGUUGGCACGUCGCUAGCGCUAUUUCCGAAUGGGCUCUGGCGAUAGUCUAUUGCGCUUUCCUGGUAACAUUCGUGCCAGAGUUUCGGUUAAUCAAUUUCGAGGAUCCUGUCGUCACGCUGAUAUAUCUGGACAAGGAUCCGAACAGCAACGUAUUGCACAAGUUGGACCUACAGAUCCAAGAAACUUAACACUGCCAGAUUAGCUGCAUUUUAAUCAGUUUUAGCUAUGAUUGCUAAAAACUGUCCUUUUAUAAAGUAUUUUAAACAUCUGAGUGUAUAGUCCAGUUGAUUUCACCCCGUCUAUUAAUACAUCAUUAUAAUUUUUAAAUUUACAAACCAACAUUCUGCCUAAUCAACAUACCAGAUCGAAUAUUCACUGAAAAUACUUAAUCAUACAUUCUAUCACCGAAUAUAGGAGACAGAUUCUAUGUCCACAGUCAUUAGCUCGAU